AUGCCGAGAAAAACAGAUUUUUGUUCAAAAUGGCUGCUUAAGUUUGAUAAUACUGGUAGAGUAUGCUCUCGCUGGCUUGCCAAAGGUAAAACAUCAAGUUCAUUCCGGUGUAUUGUGUGUAAUACAGAUGAUCUCAGUUGUGCUAAUGGAGGAUGGCGUGAUGUAAAGAAGCAUUUCGAUCGACCAAAACACAUUCAAUGUAUGAAGGAUGUUUUUGGUUCUAUUCCACUUGUUGCAUCCUCACAUCCAUCAUCGUCUUUCUCAAGUAACACGAAUGAUGGCAGUGUGUGUACAACAACGUCAUCAACAAGUGUUAAUGAACCAAGAAUUCCUUUCGUUAGUAUUCAAAAUGAUCAAAGAUCAUUAACACAUGAAGAUAAAGUCACGCGUGCUGAAUGUAUAUGGGCGAUGGCUACAUCUCAACUUGGCUUUUCAUACAAUUCAUCACAAUUUCUACCAGAAGUAUUUCGAUUUAUGUUUCCUGAUAGUCAAAUCGCAACUGAUUAUUCUUUACGUUCACGAAAAAUAUCUUAUGUUAUUUCACAUGGAACAGGUUACUAUUUUACUAAUGAAUUAAUUAAAGAUGUACGUAAAGCUCAUGGUUUUACAUUAAUUUUUGAUGAAACAACUAUUGCUGGUGUUCGUAAACAAUUGGAUAUUUUUUUUCGAUAUUGGUCAGAGACGAAAAAUUGUAUAUGUGUUCGAUUUUAUAAAAGUAUUAUGCUUGGUCAUGCUACUGCGGAUAUCGUUUCUCGAUCGAUUAUUGAUUCACUAAAAUCGGAUGGAGUUGAUAUUACAAAAAUGUUGAUGCUCGGGAGAGAUAAUCCAAAUGUAAAUAAAGCAAUUGAAGAUAUUCUUAAUAAAGAAGUAAUUGCUGAACGAAAAAAAAAAUCAUCAUCUAUGCCGGUGCUAGGUCUUAUUUCAAUUGGCUCAUGUCCUUUACAUGUUAUUCAUGGUUCUUUUCGGAAAGGAUUUAAAUCAAUGGUAUGGUUUAUUGAUGAAUCAAUUAAUGAUAUUUGGUUUUGGUUUUCUCGAUCUUCUGCUCGUCGGGCAGAUUUUAUAUCAGCUACGAACAGUAUUAAUGAAACUUAUUCUCGUUUUCUUGCUCGUUUUGUUGUUACUCGGUGGAUUGAAGUAGGUCCCGUGAUCGAACGUAUCAUUGAUCAAUGGAAUAUUAUUAAAGAAUAUUUUCUUACAUAUCUUCCAACAAUCGAUAAAAAAAUUGAAUCAAAUGAUAAAUAUGUCCGAAUUAAAAAUUUUAUUACUGAUAAAUCGACUCUUGCUAAAUUUCAUUUUAUUCUUUUUCUCUAUCAAACAAUAUUUAAAAGAGAACUUGUCUGGUUGCAGCAAGAACAACCAUUGGUUCAUUUAUUAUAUGGUGAAUGUUGCAACUUGUUACUCAAUAUUAUGUUGUCAUUUGUCAAAGAAGAACUUCUAAAAGAUAAAGAAGGUAGUGAUUUGUUGUCUGUUCCUUUCGAGCUUCAAAAUAGUCAAAAAAAUAAUGUAAAUAUCGACAUUGGUGAAACUACUCGAACAUAUAUUAAAGAUUUAUCUGUUAGUGAAAAAACAAAUUUUUUUCAAGAUAUUCGUCAAAAGGAACUAACUAAAUCAUUACCACUUAAGAAUGAUUUUUUACGACAUCUCCAAUGUCUUCAACCUUUAGCUCGAAAAGAAGAAUCUUCUCGAACAAGUAUCAUGUACCUGUCACGACAUGUUCCACAUUUAUUAACUAAUGAAGAGGUGGAUCGAGUUGGUGCUGAAUGGCGUGUUUAUCAGAUGGCUGAUAUACCAGAAGAAUGGUUUAGAAAAAUUACAGUUUCUUCGGACAAUAUUAUUGAAUAUUUACCUAUUGAUAAAUAUUGGUAUCAAAUAUUUUCUACUACUACAUCGAUUGGUACACCACAAUAUGUAGUAUUAACCAAGCUCGUAAAAUGCUUGUUAUCUUUAUCUCAUGGAAACAGUGAUGUUGAAAGAGGUUUCUCCGAAAACAAUCAUCUUGUAUCAGAUGAUCGUUCAUCAUUAAAUGAAGUAUCUAUUAAUGGUUUACGAGCUACUAAAGCUGGCGUUAAAGUUUUUGGUGGUGGUAAAGUUCAUAUAGUUCCAACAACAUCUACUUUGCUUUCAAACGUGAAAGAAGCUUAUUCACGUUAUACAAAAGACAAUGAACAGCAACAGAAAUUAAUUAAAAGUACAGAUGUUGUUAAUGGAAAACGAGGUCCUGAUGCUGAACAUGAACUAUUAGAAGAAAAAGAAACUCAGUUGAUAAAUGAACAAAAGAAUUUACAAGAAGAAUUGACUGAAGCGACUAAUAUGUUGCAGGAAGGGACCACAAGACUUGCUGAAGCUAUGAAGAAUAAAACAUUUGAUGAUAUAGGUACAGCCGAAGUACUGGUGACAGCUGCUAAUGGUAAAUUAGCUGCUUUGAAAACUCAAUUAAUUGAAAAUAAUGAAAAUUUGAACCGAUUAAGAAAAAAACACAAAAAAUGAAUGAUUGAAAUAAAUAUAUUUUGAACAUUAUCUUUCGUUUUUGUGAAAAUACUCUAAAAAUAUUUUGUAUAAAUCUUAAAGAUAGACGGAGUAAAGUAACAGGAAAGAUUUUAUUAUGCAAACUUACUCCUAUAGGAAUAAAUCAUAAAAUAUCAGGACAAAAUCAGGAUUUUUAGUCAAAAACAGGAAAAUCAGGACAUUUUUAAAAAAUCAGGAAAAAAUCAGGAAAGUACACACGCUGCGAGGCCUG